CCCCUAUUGUCUUCCACUUCUCUCGCAAUUGAUGCUCUGGGAACUCUCUGCACUCACAUUUCCCUCAUAUUCCCUACUUUGUUGCUGAGCAACAGCAACAAGCCCAGCCACCUGCCCCAUGUACGAUAUCGGUAGCACUAGUGCUAUCGGGUCCACCGCCAGCUCCAUGAGGGACCGACUACUCCAAGGUAUUCCAGGACCGCAACAGGUUCUGAAAGCCAUAACGGGCACAUUGGGUGUCUCUUCGCUCUCAGCGUCAGAUCACUCAUCGUCCGAGACGACUUUCCGGCAAUGUCCCGGGACCGAAGUGAGCUGUAAAGCCAAUUAUCAUGGCCAAGAUACAUGCUGCUUCAACUACCCGGGUGGACAGAUGUUGCAGACCCAAUUCUGGGAUGCUGAUCCGGCCAUUGGACCGGCUGACUCCUGGACGAUUCAUGGACUCUGGCCAGACCACUGCAACGGCGGCUUCGAUCAGUACUGCGACUCCAAAAGACGGUACAGCAAUAUUUCGUUGAUCCUGGUCGACUCCGGCCGGGGUGAUUUACUGGACUACAUGAGCGACUUCUGGAAGGACUUCAGGGGCGAUGAUGCGAAUCUCUGGGAACAUGAGUGGAACAAACACGGCACUUGUGUCAGUACCCUGGAGACUCACUGCUACGCCGACUACUACCCGCAACAAGAGGUGGUAGACUACUUCGACCGGACAGUCGAUCUCUUCCGAACCCUGCCUACUUACGAGACCCUCGCCAAAGCUGGCAUCACCCCCUCCUACACGCAAACCUACACCCGCGAUGCGAUUGAGGAUGCUCUGUCCAAAGCUCACGGUGCCGAGGUCACCAUCCGGUGCCGACACCAGGCUCUCAACGAAGUCUGGUACUACUUCAACGUCGCCGGUGCACUGCAGACAGGGAAAUUCGUGCCAUCUGACCCAGAUGGCCAAAUAUCCAACUGCCCCCGCAGCGGCAUCCACUACAUCCCCAAAACGCCCCGCAACGGUCACGAGCCCACCAAGACGUCCCGCGGACCAGCCGAGCCGACCUCUCCGGGCGUGCCCUUUGCCGGAAAAGGCAACCUCAUGAUCUCGACCCUAGGCCAGAAACGAGGCUGCAUCAUCAGUCGCGGCGCGUGGUUCAGCUCGGGAACCUGUGCAACCUUUACGGCCAACAAGGCCUCUGAUGACACCAUCACCCUGAAAUCCAGCAAGGGAGAAUGCGGCUUCUCUCAUGAUGUCUUCACCUGCGGUGGUUACAUCAAAUCUCCUACGGAGUUUACUGUCGAAGACGGCAUGCUCGCCUACAACGGCAACACAACCUUCUUCGCAGACAAAGCGCCCAAAGGCCCAACCAAGAGCAAGAUCUUCGCGACAGAAGAGGAUCAUCCUCUCGAGCUAUCCAUCACCUGGAGGGAGGCCUAAUCGUCCUCCUCCCCGUUCUCGGAUAUCAUCCUCACUGAUUUAUACACGCAUAGUAGAACCAGCCCUGUUUUCAUAUCUUUAUCACAUAUAGAGUGUAUUACAUGCAUGCAUUUGCUUGACUUACUGCUUACGACAUACUACUAACCACAUUGGACACUGCACUGUCAGCUACACAUAUCAGAUAUAACCAUCUAUACACACAAGAAGAAUAGAAUACCAUUCCGUCCAAG